AGGACUGAGGCUGAGGCACCGUCGCUCACUGCUCGCCAUUUCUCUCCAAGCUUCUUUUGUUUGAUAUUUCAUUUUUUUUGGCAAGGGCACAGAUUCUUUUUAUAAGGCAGCAAUGGGGAAAGAAGAGUGCAAAACAAUGCUGGACGCUUUGAACAAAGUGACAGCUUGCUACAGACAUUUGGUCAUCGCCCUGGGCAGCACCUCGGACUCCCAGAACCUGCGAGAGGAGCUGAAGAGGACGCGCAAAAAGGCCCAGGAGCUGGCCGUGGCCAACAGGACUAAACUGACCUCUCUGCUCAAAGACAAGAGCAUCAGCAAAGAGGACCGGGCCGAGUACGAGCGCCUGUGGGUACUGUUCUCGAGCAGCAUGGAGCUCCUGGAGGUGGACAUGAAAAGGUCCCUGGAGAUAGGGCAGGAUUUCCCCCUCAAGGUGCCGACGAGACACCUCAUCCAGACUGGGAUGACCGGCAGCACCACCACCGUGGCGGCGCGGGCCAUGAGCGUGCAGAACAUGAAGUACGAGGCGGACAGCAACAUCGACACGGCCGACCUCCGCGACCUGCAGUCCGAGAUCUCCCAGGUGACCCAGAUGAUGGAGGAGAUGGAGAUGAAGGUGCAGGUGGCGCCGUGGGCCGUGGAGGCGAAGCAGGAGGCGGGCGCGGAGCUCAAGUCCAACAUGAGCGUCGGGAAUUCCUCCGUGGGUGUCAUCUCCAUCUGCGAAGAGGAGCCCAAGGAAGAGGAAGGAGGAGGCAACAGGGAUGCUAGCUUCGCCUCCAUCUGCGCUGUGUUCGUCUUCUUCGUCAUCGUCACGGUCGCCGUGGUUCUGGGAUACUUGGUCAUCAACAUGUCCUGAACUGUCCAGCCAGCAGCCCACCCUGACGGGCGCCCUGCGCGGCGGCCCGCCGGAGCGCCACCGUGCCCCGGCGCCAGCAGCUCCGCGAGAGAGGAACACACUGCGGACACACCAACUUAGUACUCUUUCUCGGAUCCGUGAAUGUAUUCGGUGGAGUUGAGGGAGCUGCACUAGAUAAAAUGUUGAACAAUAUAGGCUAGUGUGUGUGUGUGUGUGUGUGUGUGUGUGUGUGUGUGUCAGUCGGACGGGACGGACGUCGGGCGCAGUUUGAGGUUAAGUAUUUUAAGGGGCCAAGGGGUCGUAGUAUUUUUGGAAGAGGGGAAAAAGUCCUGAAAUUACGUGACAGUGUCUGGCCAUCAGGAUGAUACGAACAACACGUAAUCCAAGUGGAUUAGUGGAAAAGCUCAAGCGUAAAUGUAGCCUACUGUUAAGUAUUCCCCUUGAUGUUCUGCUGAUUGAUGCUUUCAGUUUAUGAAUUCCAAUCCAGCAAAGUCAGACGUGUUCAAGCGAGCGGGGGAGCAUCUAGUCAGAGAAGUGGACUCGUGUCGUACGGAAACUAAUAGGGUCACAGUUAAAGCUCCUCACAUCACACAGUUAGGGUGUGAUCAAACCUGCACUGUUCCACAUGCCUCUUAGCACAGUUUCAAACCUGCA